AUUUGUGUUUUUUGUGAAUAAAUGCAGUUUAUCAGCAGGAGAACAUAAACCACAGACUGGAGACAAAACACAGAUAAGAAAGGAUAUUGAAAGAUACUGACUGGAAGCAGCUGAACAGCUAAAGCAGGCAGAUUGUCAACAAAGAAGAAUCUACAAUGGAUAACAAGAUGUGGCUGUUACUGACCAUAACUCUGUUCAUCGUUGUGGUUGUAUUUCUGAUGCUCCACUGGCUGAACAUCAUAACUCUGACUGAUGUAUUCACAUCUGACAGGAGCCUGUCAAAGUUGGUCAUCGUGGCAUUAGACGAUCCUAAGAUAUCAGGGAUGUUAACAGUGAUUAUCACUGUGUUCUUCAUCUUCUCAAACUCCCUCACAACAACUCUCUUGGUUGUUGUGUCUGCAGUAUUUAGUCUACAUUGGUUGAACAUCGUUACCCUGCCAGGUUUCUUCCCAUCAGCAUUAGAUGAUCCUAAGAUAUCAGGAGCCGUAACUCUGUCAAUAAUAGUAUCUCUUACUUUAUCAACCUCAUUGACCACAAUUAUCUUAGCUGCUGUGAAUGUUGUUCUUUGGUUUAAUUGGCUGAAAAUUAUCACUCUGACUGAUGUAUUCACAUCUGAGAGGAACUUCUCAGAGUUAAUCUUCACAGCAUUAGACGAUCCUAAGCUUUCUGGAGUGCUAGCACUGACAGUCACUGUGUUUUUCAUCAUGUCAAACUCCCUCACAACAACUCUCUUGGUUGUUGUGUCUGCAGUAUUUAGUCUGCACUGGUUGAACAUCAUUACACUGCCUGGUUUCUUCCCAUCAGCACUAGAUGAUCCUAAGAUAUCAGAAGCAGUAACAGUGUCAAUCACAGUGUUUUACACUCUGUCAAACCCACUGACCACAACUGUCUUAGCUGCUGUGAAUGUCGUUCUUUGGUUUAAUUGGCUGGAAAUUAUUUCACUGAAGGAUGUAUUCACAUCUGAGAUCAACCUUUCUGAGUUCGUCUUCACAGUAUUAGAUGAUCCCACGAUGUCAGGAGUGUUAACACCAGCAAUCACUGUGUUUUUCAUGUCCAACUCCUGGGUAAUAACGCUCUCACUUACCGUGUCUGUAAUAUUUAGUUUGCAUCGUUUUAACAUUAUUACACUGACACAUUUUUUCCCAUCAUGGCUAAAGAAUCCUAAAAUAUCAGGAGUGUUCAUGGUGACAAUCGCAGUGCUUCUCACCAUGUCAACCUCACUGAUAACAACUCUCUCAGUUGUUGUAAACGUCACACUUUGGUCCAAUUGGCUGGAAAUUAUCACUCUGAGAGAUGUUUUCACAUCUGGGAGGAACCUUUUAAAGUUGGUCAUCCUGGCAUUUGACGAUCCAAAGAUAUCAGGAGUGCUCACACUGACGGUCUCUGUCUUCUUCUUCAUGUCAAACGUGCUGGUAAUAACUAUCUCAGUUAUUGUGUCUUUAGUAUUCAGUUUGCAUCGGUUUAACAUCAUUACACUGACACGUAUCUUCCCUUCAGGGUUAAAGAAUCCUAAAAUAUUAGGAGUGUUAAUAGUGACAGUCACUGUGUUUCUGACUUUCUCAACCUCACUGAUAACAACUCUCUCAGUUGCUGUGAAUGUCACACUUUGGUUCAACUCGCUGGACAUCAUCACAGUGACAGACUUAGUCACACUGGGUUCAGAUGUAUUCGUGUCGUUCACCAGUGGGUCGAGUUACUCAAAGACCUGCACUGAGUCAAGCCCAGGAGCUAAACGAUUGGCUGAUGUUGUCAAAGGGAAAAGCACUCUAAUGACGUCACAAAACGGCUGUACCCCAGUUUACAGACUUCCUCUAGAAGAGAAACAGAUCAACAUUAAUGGCUGCAAGAGUUUCACGUUUGGAGAGAAAUCCAUGAAUUGUAACAGAAACAUCAUGGUUCUUGGAGCUGCAGGUGCUGAGAAGUCCACUGUCAUCAAUGUGAUGAUAAACUACGUUCUGGGCGUUAGAUGGGAAGACUCGUUUCGGUUUAAGUUAGUGGAAUGUCAGUCAGACUCACAGGUUCACAGCCAGACAUCAGGAAUCACAGUGUACAAACUCUACCACCAGGAGGGAUUCAGGGUGAACUACUCCCUCACCAUCAUAGACACUCCAGGCUUUGGGGGAAUCGGCGGCGUAGACAGAGACRAGGAGAUCACAGAGCAGCUGCGUAACCUCUUUGCUAACCAGGAAGGCRUUGGUGAMAUUGAYGCUGUGUGUUUHGUGGUUCAGGCRGSYCUAACUGAACUGACAUCAACACAAAGGUAUGURUUUGAUUCAGCUCUCUCAAUCUUUGGCAAMGNUGUGGCAGAAAACAUCAGGAUCCUGGUGACGUUUGCAGACGAGCAGCAGCAACCAGUUGUAGAGGCCAUCAAAGHGUCCGGUGUCCCAUGUCCUAAAGGUGCAGACGGGCUGCCAGUUCACUUCAAAUUCAAUAACUCAGCGCUGUUUGCCAACAACAAAUCCUUAGUGGCAAGGAUUUGGUCCAAUGAAGAGAAAACCUUUGAGUAUUGGAACAUGGGGACAAACAACAUGGCCGGUUUCUUUGCUAGUCUAGCUAACAUCAAAACCAUAAGACUGACAAUGACCAUUGAGGUCCAGAAAGAAAGAAAGCACCUGGAGAGUACAGUGGAGGAGCUGCAGAAGCAGGUUAAACUUAACUUGGCCAAGCUAGAGGAUAUCAGGGAGACGAAUGACAAACUCAAAGAGCAUGAAGCAGAGAUUAGAAAGAAUGAGAACUUUGUGUUUUACAUCACUGGGAGAAAGAACAGGCAAAUUGAUAUUUCUCACACUGGGCAGUAUAUCACCAACUGCAUGCAGUGCUGUGUUACCUGUCACUACCCUUGUGGCAUACCUAAUGAUGACGGUAAGAGAGGAUGUUCUGCAAUGGGGCAGGAUGGAUACUGCCGGGUGUGUCCAGGGAAAUGUUUCUGGAACGUUCAUUCUAACCAGAGCUUCAGAUGGGAAUAUAGUCAAGUUGACGAAGCACAAACAGUGAAAAUACUAAAAGAAAAAUACGAGAAGGCCUGUGGACUAAAACUAACCUUAGAGGAACUGAUGAAAACUCUGAUGUCUGAGUAUCGAUCUAUGCAGGAUGAUGUGGUGAAACUGAUUGCAGAGGCUGCAAAGUGUCUGAACAGAMUGAAAGAGAUAGUCCUGAACCCAAAUCCCCUCACCACUCCAGAAUACAUCGACUUGCUCAUUAAAGGAGAGGAACAGGAGGGCAAGCCAGGCUGGAAGGAGAGAGUUCAGUCUCUGAUGAAAAUGAAGGAAAAGGCAGAGAUCAUAGAUAGAAGAGAGAAGGAAGUUCUGGGUCAUCAGUAA